UAUAGUGGUUAGCAUAGCUGCCUUCCAAGCAGUUGACCCGGGUUCGAUUCCCGGCCAACGCAGUGUCCCGUUUUGCGACCGCUGAGACAGAUUUCGGUUGUUCUGUUUCUUUUUGUCGGGGUUCAUCGACUUCCAGCGCUCACGAAAGAAAAGAAUCUUCUUUAAACUGCUUAAAACGAUUCUCUGACACUCAGUGCGACGCUGCCGCUCCCGUCCGCAGGAGGGCGCUGCAAGCAGAGACUGUUACUUUGAAAGGAUCCCUGCCAGACAGGAAAAUGAACUGUCGACCUGAUUCUCUAAUUUUAUGUAAUUUAUUUUUUAUAUUGUCGUCUCUUUGGCACAAACUGCACCCUCCUUCUGUUUUUCAUAAUGUUAUUUAAUGUCGUCACAAAGAGCGGAAGUGAAUGUGGGCGUCCCGGAAGUAGUUCUCGCUGUUUUCUUGCGGUGCGGAGCGGCAGCGCUGCUCUCUAACCCCCGACCGUUCUCUCCGGGAUCUCCUCCCCGACCUGCGCUUUGUUACCGCCUGCCGGGCUUGACCGGGCGGCUGUGUUUCACCCUCCGGGCGGCUUCACACUCCCCGGCCGGUAGCCGGGACUGCUCCUCGACAUGGCGGCUGGAGGCGGCGCGGCUCCUCCGCAUGUUGGUGAUGUUGAAGAGGACGCUUCUCAGCUGCUCUUUCCUAAAGAGUUCGAGAACGCGGAGACGCUGCUGAACUCGGAGGUCCACAUGUUGCUGGAGCACAGAAAGCAGCAGAACGAGAGCGCCGAGGACGAGCAGGAGCUGUCCGAGGUCUUCAUGAAGACCCUCAACUACACGGCCCGCUUCAGCCGCUUCAAGAACCGCGAGACCAUCACGGCUGUGCGCAGCCUCCUGCUGCAGAAGAAGCUCCACAAGUUCGAGCUCGCCAGUUUGGCCAACCUGUGUCCAGAAGCCGCCGAGGAGGCCAAAGCCCUGAUCCCCAGCUUGGAGGGUCGCUUUGAGGACGAGGAGCUGCAGCAGAUCCUGGAUGACAUCCAGACCAAGAGAAGCUUCCAGUACUGAGACCUCAGCCCCCCCCUACAGCCCCGCCCCCAGACUGAUGUGGUCAAUCUGCUGUCCUGAUAAAAUCUUAAAAACUUUUUUUUACUCGUUGUUUUCAGGUGUUUCUUGCACAUGCUCAGUUCAGCUUGAUUGCAGGGUUGUGUGCAGCAUCUGACCUGAACUGUUGCUGAUGAUGUUUUUUUGUUUUGUUUUGUUUUGUUUUUUAAAUAAAGGUUUGACUGAACCAGCUGCUCA